AACAAAUUGCAACACUGUCGCUGAGCGAGAAAACUAUAUAAGCUACGAAUGAACUCGAUAAGCAAAUGAAUGGCAGAAAAGAAAAACAUUUAUUUGGAGAAAAAAGAAGUAAACGAGUGAUUAUUGAAUGAAGAGUGGUGAAUAGGCAUGUAAUCUGUAUUAUUAAUAAAUUAAAAGUAAUUUGUGGCGGAAUUGAUUACAAAGAUUGAUUGUGAAGAAUUAUAAGAUAAAACAGAAAUAUUUCCUUUAAAAGAUAAGAUACUCAUACAUGUAAGAAUACCUAGAAUUUGCGGAGUAUUAUUGAGUGCCAGCGAUUUUGAAUCAAUUAAAAGAAAAGCAAAAUUGCAGUUAAGUGCUCCACAAAUUGCACCUUUGUCCGGGUAGAGUUCAGUUUAAGAGAGUGGAAAACAUUCCAUAACUGCUGAAGGUUAAUAGGCACCAAUUGUUCUACUAAAUCGCAGUUGCAACGAAUUCAGUGGUAUAUAAUCAAACCUUGAAAGAAAGUACGUGGUCCACAAAAUAUACACAGCCAUUGGCCAGAUUUUGAGUGCUAAAAAACUUGAGCAAGUAAAGAUCCGGAAAAUUAAGACUCAAUACUUUCAAAUUUAAUUAUGACCACAAUAAAUAUAAAUUCACGAAAAAGUCCAAUGCUGAAAAAGCAGGGCACGGACCAAUGGGUGAAGCUCAAUGUGGGUGGCACAUAUUUCCUUACAACAAAGACUACGUUAUCCCGUGACCCAAAUUCGUUUCUAUCGCGUCUAAUACAAGAAGAUUGUGAUUUAAUAUCAGAUCGGGAUGAAACAGGUGCCUACUUGAUUGAUAGGGACCCAAAAUACUUUGCGCCUGUGUUGAACUACUUGCGACAUGGUAAACUCGUCUUAGACGGUGUAUCCGAGGAAGGCGUUCUAGAGGAAGCCGAAUUUUAUAAUGUCACACAACUCAUAACGUUAUUGAAAGAGUGUAUAAAUCAUAGAGAUCAGCGACCACAAGCCGAUAAAAAGCGUGUAUAUCGCGUAUUACAGUGUCGUGAGCAAGAGUUAACACAGAUGAUCUCAACAUUAUCGGAUGGUUGGCGUUUUGAGCAAUUAAUUAGUGUGGGAAUGCAAUAUACGAAUUAUGGACCAUUCGAAAAUAAUGAAUUUUUAUGCGUAGUCUCAAAAGAAUGCGGCACAACGUCAGGUCGUGAAUUGGAACUGAACGAUCGUGCCAAAGUGCUACAGCAGAAAGGAUCUAGAAUUCUCGGAAUUUAAAGUAGAAAGAAAGCGAAUUCUCACACCACCUCCAACAUCCUCCCACACCACCACCCUAGAAACUGUAUAGCGAAAGCCUUUGCGUAAUAGUGUGUGCCCCCCUCACAAUGCUUACCACCUACCACCAACACCACAACCACCGCCCGCAAGCGCCAACACCAUAUAGCCACCAUCAUCAUCACCAAAAUACACACAUACAUGUUAACACGCCCAUCAGCAUUGUCACCUUAGGUUCACCAAGUAAUACUUUCGACAUAACAGACGGCAAUCACCGCUAACACCAAGCAACACCACCAAUGAUUCAAUGAUUGUACUGCUUUAAGAGUGCAAAAACAAAGCAAUGCGUAGUUAACCACGUGCUCAGUAGUCGCUCACAAUGACACACAUUUAUAUUUAUAUUAAUAUAUACUUGAAUAACUGCAAACUUAUAGAAAAAAAGUAACGAUAUUAUAACAGUACAUGUUUCAUAAUUCUACUUACUCACACAUGCAAAUUAUUAUCAUUAAGUUGUGAUUAACUCAUUAAUUCAUCAGAAGCGCAAAACUGCAAAAAAAAUAUUGUGAAAUUUUUAAAAUUUAUUUAAGUAAUAGAAAACGUAUUAAGCAUUGGUGUAAGCAGUAUGUCAGCAACGUUGAAACGCGUUAAAUGUGAAGCUGUCGGGUGAUUAAAACCACUUUGUUUCCUUAAUAAUAAUAAAAAAUAUAAUUACAA